AUGUGGCUUUUCGUCUAUCCACAACCUCUACGGCUGUUAAAGUUAUGCUCGUAGCUAAGAUACCUUUACAGGCCAUGAAAGCCUCCAUCGCCUUGCGAGCAGUUGUUGCUGUCACUGCGGUGCUUAUAGUAGUCAACGUAAUGCGGGGCAUUCGACCAGAUGGUUGUAUCAUGUAUUUACCAGGGAGGCAAACUGCCCGAGGACUUGGAGGAAAAGAAAACAUCGUUAGUAACGUACAGUGCAAGAGGAUGGCUAUGUUAAAGGAUUACUGCAAAUCUAAUUCCCUAAAAAGUCAGGAAUUUCCUCCACGGAAUCGGUUUGUCGUCAAUGAGAGAUACAAACUCUUGUACUGCCAAGUCUUCAAAACUGGAAGCACGACGACUUUAACCAUUUUACACAAUCUUGAACACAAUGAGCGAAGGUCUACUCACGACAUGAGAGCAAAGCUCGAAGACCUACCUUUUAAGCGCCUGGCUGACUACACUGAUGAGGAAGUUCGUUUGCGUUUAGAGACGUAUUCUAAGCUCCUUAUCGUCCGUAAUCCACUAGAAAGACUGGCGUCAGCGUGGCAGGAUAAGUUCAUCUUUGCCCCAUCCGAAUAUUGGAGGAAGAGAUAUCAUUCUAUGGUGGAAACAAUUUCACAAAAUCCAUCAGAUGGACAAAUUACACCUGAAGCAACUAACAACAAGCAAUAUCCACAAGUUCCAUUUACUGCUUUCAUUAAAGCAGUUGCUACAAACAAGACGGAGUGGGAGGAUCCACAUUGGCAAUUAAUAUCCAAUCUAUGUGCUCCUUGUUUAAUUAACUACGACUUUAUCGCCCACACGGAUACCAUAGCGCAAGACUUCCCGCUGUUUUUCAAAAAGGCUGCAAUUGUUGGUCGGGAUGACCUCUUGCCAGAAAACAGACAACAAAAAGCCGAAAAAAUGUUCUGGGAGCUUUACAAGCAGAUUCCCAUGGGAGAUAUGCGACGGAUUAAACAAAAGUUCGAUGCAGAUUAUGAAAUGUUUGGAUUUAGCUUUAAUAAUGACAUCACCCGUUUAUUAGAUUAAUAAUGAUCCUUUUUGGACUGACGAUUUAGUCAAUUAUUAUUUUUUCUAUCUAAUCAAGCAAUGCUUGUGUAUGAUAUAGACGUGUCGAUGCAAACUUUUUAUUGUGAUUUGGUUCAUGUAAAUCUUUACGUUAUUAUGACGCAAUCUAUGGCUUAAACCGUCUAAAUGGAGAAUUUCCGUUCAACUAAAAUUAUGAAACAAAAUAUUGACUAUGAAAGGUACCUUAUUGGUUCUAUUGUUAUAAAGUCUUCAAUCGGCAAUGGCGACCUCUUAGACGUUAUGUUUUAGGCUUUUUUGUCUGUCUGUCUGUCUGUCAACAGCAUAACUCGAGAAGCCCUGGAUGGAUCCUGGUGACAUUUGGUUGGUGGGUAGUGGACGGGGAAAUAGGGCCCAAUUCGAAAAUUGGGCCCCAUGUGGCUUGCUAAAGAACUAUAGCGGGACUUCUAUGUUUCAAAUCUCGUCUUUAGGACAAGAUGUGUUCGUGAUUUUUUAAAACCCUUUGGGUUAGAGACUUAUUGCUGUGACUUUGAGUCCCCUAGCGACUUUUUUUAGAACUACAGGUACAGGUUUACUUUCAAAGUUUCGAAGAAAACAACUUGAGAAUGUGUUGACGGAUCAUAAUGAUUUUUGGUAUUAAGAUGGCCUAAUUGACGACUAGCACAAGAGAAUACAACUUAUGCAAAUCAACAGCUUAUUUGCAUAAUUAUUGAGGACGGUUUCAUAAAUUCAAUACAUUCCAUGAUAGGAAUUUCAAACUUGUCACAUAUAUAGUUGCGGCAGACAGAAAUGUCAAACAUAUUUAUAAUGCAAAUGAUGACCACAUCUGCAUGAUAAUUGAAAUAAUAUGAAUGUAAUGACGGAUCUUCGUAACUUUUGUAUGCAGAUGGUGAAUACUUACAUAAUGUUUUAAAUAUAAUUUGCAUGGUUAAUAAAGAAAGUUUUAAAUCCACUGCAUUCUAUGAACGGUCUUUCAAACUUUCAAACAUUUGUAUCUGUGAAAGAGAGAAAUGUUGAAAUAUAUCAAUUUUUCAAAUGAAGACAUCAUUUGAAGAUACUUGAAGAGACAAGGGAAAAACGGAUGUUCAUUGUUUUAGGCACUUAGGUAGCUCAGGUAAGGAUGUUCAUGAUAGCUAAAAUUAAUAAGGGGCACUGGCAGCAAGAAGGCAGCCAUUUUUUCUGGAGAGUAAGCCCUCCAUUUUUUGUUGUUUAUUUCUUUUUCAGCAGAUUUCUUAGUCAGUCUGUGCACUUCUGACAGCUUCGGAAGUACUAGGGUACAACUUGUACUGAACACUACGCUUAAGUUUUAUGUAAAAUAGAUUACUAAAUUUCCAAAUCGGAAGCCUUGUCAGUCCCCGCCAUGUUAGGGAGGGUAGGCUGAGUCGGGUAGGAGGCAUCGCCAGUCAAAGGACAAGUUGCUGAGUCCUGGAGACUGUCACGCUUGCUGUUGGUAUGUAGAACAGUAGGAUGCUUUGCUAAUAGUUAAUGCUUAUUCUUUUUGACAAUUGUAAGGAAAGCGUUGUUGCCAAUUACGGCACUCGCGUACGGUAAAUUAUUGCUUUAUUUUGUGGAUUACUCGCACCUUGCUGUAAACAUGGGCAGUCCUCUGACUAUGUACCUUAUCAUUGUUGCAUAUGGUUUUCUGACAUUUGUAAGCCCUGUCACUGGCCUAAGCCGCACAGCAGACAACAAUGUGUAUGGUACUUACAAUCUAGAAAAUAACUUCUCUGCAGUCAGACAUGGCACCUAUGUGCUAAGCCUACUGAUACCAGAUGUUACCAAAACAACAUGUCAGAGUAGUUUAGUUGUCGAUUUUAUUAUCCUGUGUUUUACACUCUGCUUCUCCUUUCUGGAGAUAUAGCCAUAAAUCCUGGACCAGCUAAGCUGAGGCAAACAAAAGAUUCAUGUGCGGUAUGUCAAAGAGGAGUCAGGACAGGAGUAGAGUGUGAGGUAUGUACCAAAGGUUCCAUCCCACCUGCGUAGGCAUGUCUAAAAUGUUCUUUCAAACAUUAUUAAAACAUAAUAAUCUUGAAUGGUCUUGUCACAGGUGUGAUUUUGCACGCCCUUCGCAUCUCGCUGACGUUGAGUCUGAACUCCCAACAAUCUCAGUUACACCUUUAUCCCCUAUUUUAGAUCCCUUACUUCCACAUCCCACUUUCCCCAGUAAACCUAGAAAGAACGGGGAUGUUGGUGGCACAUCAAAAUAUUAGGAGCUUACCAGCCAAACAAGUGUACCUUGAGGCUCUUGUCCAGGAAAGUGACAUGGAUGUUCUUGGUCUCACAGAAGCACACCUAACUAGUGACUAUCCAGACAAUGUAUUAGACCUACCUGGAUACACUUUGUUACAAAAUUACAGGGAAUCGCGUCACGGGGAAGGUGUAGCCAUGUACAUAAAAAAACAUCCAUUGCCCAUCUUGAAAGAAAUGACUUAAAGACUGAAGGACUGGAAGCACUUUGGAUUGAAUUGAUACCGCCAGUGGGUAAGCAUUUAUUGAUUUGUUGUAUUACAGACCCCCGUAUGACACAAAGUUCUUUGAAUUGUUCAACAUCAGUUCAGAAAAGGCCUUAGAUGACAACUUAGAGGUCUUGAUCAUGUGGGACUUAAACUGCGAUUUUCUUGCAAACACAGGCAACUCCAAUAAACUGAAAUUCCUAUGUGACCCUACAUGGCUUGACUAAUAUAGUGCAAUUGCCCACUAGAGUCACUGAAACAUCUGCAACCUUGAUUAAUGUAAUAAUUACCUCCAACACAGCAAAAUACACAGCAGGGGGAGUUUAUAGCAAUUGUCUUAGUGACCACCACAUGGUCUAUACUAACAGGGGGUGCAAAAGAGUGAAACCUAAGCCACAAAUUAUUUCCACUAGAAUUUUCAAGAAUAUGGGCGAGUUAAGCUUCUUAGUGGACCUUGCUAGUACACCAUGGCUCACAAUAGACAUCUUUGACUCUGUACACAAUAAGUAGGAAAAGUGGAAAAAUGUCUUUAAUAAUGUGUGCAAUGUACAUACCCAGUAAAGAAAUUCAGGGUUAGAGGUGACAGCUGUCCAUAUUUGCUGACAGAAGAGGUGAGACAGUCCAUGCAUGCACGGGACCAUGCAAGGCAAACGGCUGAAAUGACUCAGUCCCCUGCUGACUGGGAUGCUUACAGAAAGCUGCACAACAGUGUAAAGAAAAACAUAGUGGACUCCAAAAAGACCACUGCACAUAUAUGAUUAACAGUUCGGCUGGUAGCAAAAACAGUCUUGUUGAUAUAUGGAAAUCUCUAAAAAGGUUGACUAGAAGCCAUAAGUCAUGUGCGAUACCCAGCUUGGUAAACAAUGACAUGCACUUAGCAUGAUGCGGCAAGUCAACCCACUUGUGACAAAGGCAGCACUCUUAACAAUGUCUGGAAACGUUUUUUCUACCUCAUAUUACAUACUGUUCCUCAGUGUCGGACGGAGCCAGUUCAGUGCGAAUCCAAAGGCUGCAGAGGAUGCAGAACGGAGUGGGCAAACUUAUUCUUGUUGUUCGGUCCAGAACUCCAACUACUGUAGUGCACCAUCUCCUUGGGUAGAAAGAUGUACAAUCUGUACACAAUACGCAUGAACUCCUGGUAGUGUACAAGUCGCUUAACAACAUGCUACCAGCCCACAUGGGUGAACUUUUUAUGACAUGCCGCGAAAAUGCAGCCAGAGCUACCAGACAAUCUUCAACCCUGAAGUUGAUUGCGCCCCGUGUGAGCAGGGAGUGUGUGAGGAGGUCAAUGGCGGUGUCGGGUCCUGCAGUAUGGAACGUCAUCCCAGAAGAUGUACGGAGUUUUCCCUCCUUGCGAGCCUUCCGACAUGGAUUGAUUUCGAACUGUUAGCUGAUAUUGAUAUUAUGAGUUUGAAUUUGAUAUUAUGAUUGUACUUAGUGUAAUUAGCUGUAUUAAUUUUUUUAUUUGUUUAUUUUCUCCCGUGACACCUCCCCUAAACUGGUCCUCUAGGAAGAUCGGCCUACAUGUUGGCCGAUAGGGCUUACCAGUAUAAAUAAAUGUGAACUGAACUUAACUGAACUGAAUGAAUAGAUUUGGGCAAAACUAGUAUGUCUUUUGCAUGACAUUUACAAAAGCUCUGACUGUUUCAUGGAAGUAUGACGUAAUCAAAAUUUAACAACUCAAAAAUUGUCUGACUUUAUCAAAUUACAUAUAAGAUAAAAUGAAAUGGGUAACGCUUUCAUGUCUACAGAAAACAUUCUACAUUUAUAACAAGCAUUAAGGAUAAAAUUACACAUGGUUUAGAAACUAUACAAACACCUAGAAGAAUAAAAUUUAUAAGAAAUGAC